AUGCGUCUGGCUAUGGCAUUGGUGCCGUCCUCGAGCAACACGAUGGCGUGGACUGACACCCAGUCGAGUAUUUCAACAAGAAAGUGCCCGUCGUGCACUCCAUUGACAAUGCACGCAAGAAGGAGUUCCUCGCCUUCGUCCACGUGCUCAAGCGGUGGCGGCACUUCCUCCUUGGUCGAAGCCAAUUCCGAUGGGUAACGGACAACAAUCUGUUGGUCUUUUACAAGACCCAAGACACCAUCAACAGCGGAUGACUUUCAUCGACCAGUUCGACUUCUUUCCUGAUCACAUUCCGGGGAAGUCAAACUGUUUUGCGGAUGCUCUUUCACGGCGUCCGGAUCAUUGUACCGAGGUCUAUUCAACCUUCGAGAUCGACAAUGACCUGCGGGACAGCUUCAUCCGCGGCUACCAAGCCGACCCCGAGUUUUGUGACAAGUACGCGAAUUGCUCCUCUCCUAAUCCGACGCCUUCUCACUACCGGAUCCAAGAGGGGUACUUGCUUGUCCACACACAGGGGAAGGGCCUUCUUUGCGUACAAAGUGACCCUCACUUGCGUACACGGCUUCUUGGCGAGUUCCACGAUGCUCCCGCCACCGUACACUUUGGAUUCAAUCUCACGAUUGGCCGACUUCGCGAGCGAUUUUGGAGGCCCGACCUUCUCGGCGACGUCCCACACUAUUGCGAGUUAUGUGAGGUUUGCCGACGCUGCAAAUCCCGCAACCAUCGUCCAUACGGCGAGUUGCGACUAUUACCGGUCCCCUUGCGGCGAAGGGAAGCGAUUGCCAUGGAUAUUACCGGCCCGUUCCCCAAGCACAAGACCGGCGUGGAUGGGAUUCUCACGGUGGUCGAUCGACUCACCAAGUUCACCAUGUUUUUUCCUUGCCGCUAUCAUGCCAAGGCACCGGAGUUGGUCGAGGUUCUUUACGCCAGUUGGAUUCGAACCAAGGGUUACCCCAAGGAAAUCGUCUGCGACCGCGACACUCGGUUCAUGUCCGAUUUUUGGUUGGCGCUCAUCAAACGAUGGGGCUCAUCUCUCAAGCCACGUUCGGCUCACCACCCCCAAACCGAUGGCCGAACGGAGAGGGCGCAUCAGACCGCACAGGUUCUCCUUCGCACUCUCGUCCACCCUGACCAAAUGGAUUGGGUUGAGCAGCUGCCGGAUGUCGAGUUGGCCUACAACUCGUCCCUCCACCCGGCUAUCGGGAUGUCGCCCUUCGAGCUCGAGCACGGCUCGCCGGUCACUUCGUCGUUGGACACAAUCAUUCCACGAACGACCUAGAGCGACGACCAUCUUCUUUUCUUGCGUCGGAUGCAAGAGCUACUUGUCAAGGCACGCGACCAGAUAGCCAAGAUGCAGCAACGCAU